UCCCCCUCUUUGUUUGAGGCGCAAGUCAGAGAGGAUGCAGCUGUCCAACUUUUAGGUUUUCGAAUCCAGUUUGAUCCAAAAACCAUUCUCUCAUCGGGUAUGGCUCCUGCACUCAUAAGGGCUUCGCCUUCUCCUUUUCUCUGCACUUUUCCGUCCGAUUCCGUCAGGAAUAAAGAUCUAAAGCCAAAUAGCCACAGCUUUGCAUGCAAUGUUAAAGGGAAAUCGUUUCUUCAAAUAACUGCAGUCUCAUCUCCUCUGUUUAAAGGAGGUCAAGCUGGCCCAUUAGUUACACUCCCUACGGUCUCUCAAAGACGCAAAUCUAUGACAUGCAGACAAGCUUACAUAUAUCACUCUUCCGGCUUCCGAAUUCCUUCAACAGCUGAAAAGCCAGAAUGGUGGUGGAGGACAUUGUCCUGUAUUCCCUAUCUAAUAUCAUUGAAGAUGUCCGACACCGGAUUCUAUAUUCAGCCAUUUAUUGAAAACUUUAAAUGCUUUCAAGAUUUGGUUUAUUACAUCCCAGGAGCUGUCAAUCGACUGCCAUGCUGGUUUCCAAUGAUAUAUUGCUAUUUGGCAGUUGUUGUCGUCGUAAAAAAUAAGGACUGGCCACUUCUCUUCAGAUUCCACGUAAUGAUGGGAAUCUUGUUGGAAAUUGCUCUGCAAGUGCUAUGGUAUUCAAGCAAUUUCAUGCCACUAGUACACUUCAAUGGAACAUUUGGAAUGUACUACUGGGCUGGCGUGGCAUUGGCUUAUGUUCUAAUAAUGAUGGAGUGCAUAAGGUGUGCCCUCCUCGGUACGUUUGUGAAUAUCCCUCUUAUUAGUGAGUCGGCUUUUCUUCAUUCUCUGUUUCAUUUGGGAGGAUUCGGGAGGCCUUUCUAAGAAGCCGGAACCAUCUUGUACCAGAGGUUUGGCAGCCAAAGGAAGGGUUGUUUCUAUCAUGGUAUUAUUUCCAUAUAAAGAGAUUAGGAAAAACUCGAUAGUUGAGUUUCAGAUCCAGAAGGUUGUGAACCUGAAAAGCAAUUUUUGUACCUGCGGUGUUUAAAGUAGUUUAUGUCCAGUUAAUUUCUUCUUGUGGUGAGUGGUUCUGUGAUUUGUAAUAAACAUAGAUUGCUAAGCUUAGAAAAUAGCGCAGACUUUGUCCAAGUGCUCAUGCCUAUGAUCGCAUCGCAAAGUUAUGGCGUGAAGAGCUAGGCGUCUCGCCUAAAAUUCCUGUAUUUGAUGGAUAUUUGGGAUUCGAGGAGGAGACACGCCUGUUAUUCGGGCGGAAGAGACUAAGAAAGAAGUUUUAUGAUAUCCGUAUGGAAUAAUUAAGGAUUUUACAUUGUCGGUGCUUUUUUCCAAUUGGGUGCCCCACAUCUUCCCUAGCUGGGUCCUCAGUGGCGUCACUCCUCCUUGCAUGUCCCAUCCAACUUUUCGAACAGAACAACAUUAAUGUAACUUGACCGGAGCGAAAAAGUGGUUUUUGAUUAGACAAA